AAAACUUAUAAGGCUGGACCAAGAUUGACAUUUAGAGAAAAAACGUUGACAAACCAAACAGAUUUACUUGAAAUACAGUUGAAGAGCAAAAGAAAAAAUCUGAGUGUGGGUUGGGACUACCCAGAUGAAAAUGUAUUUAAUUUAGGAAUGCGUUGUGGAAAAUAUCGGAUCAGCAGUUAGUUUGACUAGAGAGCUGUUGAACAUCCCAAGAGGGGAGUUUUUGAUCUGCUUGAAUAUUUAUCUGAAAACAAUUCCAAGGAGCUCUUAUUGAAAGCAUCAUGUCUUGUUUACAACUCGGGAUUGUACUCCUCUUCUGUCUACCUUUGGCAGCCACCACAUCGCUUCACUUUGCAAGGGUGGUGCAACCUCAUCACACCACUGAUGGCGCAGCCUGUUUGACCUGUUACACCUGUGUAUUUCCGGCCAUCUCGCCUCUGGACUGCUUCAAGUUUCCUCAGGAGUGUCCAGCUGGGCAGCGCUGCCUGUCCAGUACAGCCACAGGAAGACGAGGCUCUCUGGAAGUGACCAUGUAUGAGAAGAGCUGUGCAGUCCCGGCCCAGUGUGGAGUGAGUGGACAGAAGUACGCCUCGGGACUCUACUUCAACUACACCAACGUCUGCUGCGACACCGACCUGUGCAACGGGGCUGCCGCGACCUUUGCUGCCCUCAGCUGGAGAGGAGCGGCUCUCUGCAUGCUGCCCGCCCUCUCUCUGCUGCUGGCCUGAACAUCAGAGGUGUGUCCGUGAGUGUGUGUGUGUGUCACCCUAAGCACUGAAUAUCAAAGCAUAAUUCUUCUGGAAAAGAUGUACAUACAGUGGUGUAAAGUAACUAAGUAGAUUUACUUAUUUUGAGGUACUUCUAAUUUAAUUGAAUAUUUUAAUUUCAUGCUACUUUGUACUUUUAUUCCACUACAAUUCAGAGAUGAAAAUAGUACUUUUACUCCACUACAUUUAUUUGUACCUUUAGUUUCUUUGCAGAUUUGGAUUAAUUAUGUGAAAUAUAAACACAAUUUAAAUAAGACUUUAGUUACACCUGGAGUAAAUUGGAAUAAACCCUGCAGUAUACAAAGUCAUUCAAACUAACAUUAAAACAACUCGCUUUAAUGCAGUUGUUUUUUUUUAUCUGAAAAAAAGUGUCCCCAAUUUUCUAACAAAGUGGCGCCCAUGCACUGUGGUAUUACCACAUCUUUCCGAAGUUAAACGUGUGUGUACUUCUGAAUAAUAGUUCUUUAUUUACUAGAACAACCUAACCUCAUCUAGUGGCUUAUGAUCACACAUCACAUGAUCUUUAAUUACACUUGUGCGUUGCUAUAUUUGUUGAUUUGCCAGAAGGUUGUGUCCUUACAUUAAACUAAUAAAAGUUUAAACUCAAAAUAUAAGCGAUGUUGUUUUGUGAGAAUAUCCUUUCAUAUCUCCAAAUGACAUUAAGGCCUGGAUAAUAGAACUAAUACACCACUGAAGAGAUGCUUUCUUCUUAUUUGUGCUCCAUUUAAUAUCUAAUCAUUAUUGCUUUGAGUUUCCUGCUUGAAUGGAAAAGAAAAAGUGGUUGUGUGUAUCUUCACGUGGUUACCCUGCAUAAUGGAGAAACACCAGUCACAGGUUCAUUUUUCAGCAAGGUAUUUCUUUAUUGGGAUUUCAAUAAAUGUGUCUCGUAAAGGGCUUUGAUCUGCAAAAUAAAUUUCAUUUGUGUUACUA